GCCGGGUAUUGAAGAUGAAUCUGUGAAACAGCAUCUGUGAUUUGCCAAAGUCUUCACGGCAAACUCUGGAGGGAGCUAUCUCUUCAACUCGACAUAGUUGGUUCGCGUCGUAUCAAAGCAGCAAGGCUUUGCCGCCAGUCUUCUCAAAGCUAACUUUUGGAUGCAUUUUCAGACCCAACGCGUCAGCAAGCUCUUCUUAGUCUCUUUUAUCUUGGAUUGCCUCAUUUGGGCAAAUCAAAGGUGGUCUCAAAUACCGGCUUGCUUGGUCAUCGCAAUCUGUUGGAUGCACAAGCAACAUUCUUGGAUGCUUGCACGAUAAAGUAUGCUAUCUUAGCACCAAUGAGUUUACGGCUGACUUGGAACGAAGCUUGAGGUUGCCUGUGUCUACCAUUCCUUUUUCACAGCUAGGCAAACACAGAGAGGAAUCCGAAAGUCUGUUUUCAGAACUGCACUGCAAAACAGAGGUCGAGGUCGGUACUGAAGUCCCUUCUACUAGUUCAAUCUACAACUUAAGAGGUCAAAACCAUCGUUGACAUGGUCAAGAUCUCAGGUCUUUGGAGAGAAAGAGAAGACACCUGUCUCUUUGAAGGUGUAAGGUCGUGAGUUGAAGAAUCCAACGAAACGUGGAGGUCCCAGGAGGCAUAGCAUUGAGACCUUUAUUUUGUCGUCAAUGUGUUUGUUUGGGCCUACUUCUUCUUGUGCAAAUGAAAAAAAAUCAGAAGACGUUGUGGACUUAGACGACUUCUUGUUUAUUUUGCCUGUCAUUGGACAAUUACUACGCAUAAACGUUUUUACCUGAGCGAAAAGAGUUCCUACUUCUUCCUGGGAAGGUCGCCACAAUUUACCAGAUGGAACUCUGCUGGUCCAACAGUUCUGGCUGGCCACAACACAGGCAAAUCAGACCUCGUAGCAAUUGAGUGAAGCAUCUUGCAUAUGCAGCGUUUCUUCAGGAACAUUCUUGUGCACUUGCAGUUGCACAUCAGCUAUAAGCGCCCAUUAUGUGACACUUGGGACACCCAACAUGUCACUUUGAUUGGCCUGCAGCUAUUUAAAGAAGCACAUCUUGGGUUGCGGCAUCAAUACUUCAGUUUAUCUCCCCGAAUUAGUUUGACAAUCUUUCCGUAGAUCCGAACGAGCUUCACUGCGACGCUUGAAUGCACGUGGUCCCCAGUGGCAAGCUAUCCAAGUAGCAUGGCAAAGGCCUGGUACCAAAUGGAAAGCCUUUCUUGGAACACAAAGUCACAUGCUAACUCUUGCUUGUUUGACACGGGUGCCAUAGUCCAUCAAAGUCGGGAGAUUCAGCUCAAGGCUCAAGGCAGUUUUCUCGGCUUGGAGGUUCAUGCCCACGGAAAGGGUGCAGAAGUCCGGGGCAAGACCUCCUCAAUCACAACCAUCGAACCAUCCUCAUCCAUCACAGAUGACUGUGCGGUGCACUCACCAUACUUGAGAAAGACCUCACUGGGUGGCUACUAUGGCACAAAGAUGAGGUACUAAGUCUGAUCAGUCCACUGGUGGCAGUGUUGCUUGAUAGCUGGGAAUCAGCCUGGCAGAUGAUCGGUUCACUCGAAUCAAUGCCAGGCUGAGGGUGCCAAGCUCAGUAAGGUCGCACCUUGAAGGCGGCCACUCUCCUGAGCAUGGCGAGCUGCUUCCCAACCUUUGUCACUUGCACCCGAAAUCGAGCUGCUUGGAGCCACCCGAUGCCACCCGCACACGAACACCAGUGGUCAGCGCUCUUUUUGACCUGCAGCACCCUCAGCCAUCGAACCUCAGACAUCAACCUGCAGCACAAACCAUCCACACGCCCAUUCUUUGAUGGGCCUUCCUUGCAGCUCCCAUUGCGGGGGGGUGGUGGUCGUCCUGGUGGUCUCAGCAUCGUCAUGUCCAGCGAUGCACGCGUUGUGAUCCGUGAGGAAGGCCGUCGAGAGUCUCGAGAGACUGUGGAGGUUGGUAUUCCCGUCGACAUCACUCAGGGUGCUGCAGUGAACUUCAUUCCUGCUGAACGAAGAACGAGCUGGAAAGUGGUGGAAAAGCAUCUUCCCAGUUGGUUGUGGGGCGACAAGUCCUGCAAAGAAUCCAACAGGAGGAUCUGAGUUUGGGCCUCUGUGUACAUUUCGUGUACCACCUCUUUGACCAGCUGAUGGUUCGUAGCGGGAGCUGGGGCACUUUUCUGCGCAGAAGGCCUUUGGCUCUGGGGCUUGGGCAAAGCUCAGUAGUAUCUGAGCAUGUUGUGUGUGAGCCAGGCCAUUGUGGCACCGUUGCAACUAGUGGUUUUCUAACUGGACACUUCACCCUGCAAAUGUUUGCAUUUUCUGUUCGGAAGCAAGACUUCCGAGGCAGGCUGGAAAUCUUACCAUUGCCUGGAGCAAGAGCUCUGAACACUCCGCACUGCAUGGACUUGUGAGUUGCAUAUCGAGCAAAACGGGAAACAAACUCAAGUGCCAGUCCAAGUCCAAACAGGACAAUGCGCGUGGUCUCCUGAAAACAACAUAGUUCGGGCUGCUUGGUUGGUCACUGGCUUGCAUGGUUGGUCCUCUGAUCCAUGGUUGGUCCACCGACGCUCAAACGGGCAGUCGAGGUCUUUUCGAGAAUCCUGCACCCGCCACAAGAGUGCUUCUUCCGGAUGUGGCUCAAAAGCCCACCCAGCUUUCCUAUGUGAGAUCCUUUAGGAUUAUGAAACCUUUUUCUCAAAUAGGCUGCUAGGUGGUCAGGGAGACUUCCAAUUAGCGAGAUCUGCAAGUCAAACUAGGUGCGGACGCACCAACGGAGUUUGGGUGAGCCCAGGGCGAGGUAGCCAGAUGGAGAGCUCCUGCUGUCAAGCUCCGUCAUCCGCAUGCGGGAUGACCCCAAGGAGACAACCUCCAGGGCAGGCCUUCCUGUGUCCGGCUCCUUGCCAAGAGGCGAUUUCUGGACCAGGAAAUGAUUGAAUGCCACAAAUAUCCUCGAAGUCAGACUCUGGAAACCUGUAGACAGGUUUGGCUUUCUUAUCGUGUCAGGCCACCUUAUGGAGCUGCUGAGUCAGCGGUGACCGCAGUCUGUGCGGCCUUUCAGAAGAGGCUCAGCAGUGAGGCCUUCAAUGUGGCCAUCACCCAUUGGUCUGAACAGGGCAAAUAAAUCUUCCGCAUGCAGUGGUCACGUGGCUGUGUCCCAGUUCGGAUGCGAGCAGGAUAGGAUGAAAGCCCGAGUGGGAGCCCCCGCAUUUUGAGACGCUCGAAUCUUUUCUGGAAAGGAGCACGCGCAAAGAAUGUACAAGGGUUGUCUCGCAUUGCACCAAUCCACUCCUGGCUUGAUCCAUUCUGGUACGGAGACCGGAAAUCUCGCUCUGAAAUCAAGCUUUGCUCAGAUCCAGUGCCUAGUCGGGUGGAAGGAUGCCAGCUCCAUGACGCGGCAGCUCUGGCUGCCUCUCUCAGGUUGGCAAGAUUUUUCCCCUGAAAAAUUGAAAACGAUGUUGUAGAGCUCUUUCAUCUCCAGUACUUCUAAAGAUUUCAACAGGCUGUGUUAGGUGCACAGUUAGGCUAUCGUCAUUGCAGCACGUGUUCGACUGACAAUCUUGGGAAGUCUUUCCUUUGCCGUUCAAGUAGGAAGUUGAGUCUUUGUCAAAUUGGGGCAGCUCUGCAGAAGCGUCACCCUAAUACUGCGUCAACCGAACAUUUCCACAGCGCAAAGCUCUUUGUGAGCACUUGCUGCUCGACAGCACCCCUGCUUGGACAACUGCGCAAAGAAAGUUGUUUGCUCACACUUGAGAAAAUCAUGGCUGAAACAAACAGGCAAAAUGCCUGUCGCUUUGGGUUGGAUUCUGCAUCUAUGCAGGUGUGUGAUGUUGGGACAGUGAUGCAGGGCCUGUCAAUGUCUGUCUGGAAUUUCGUGAAUGCCACAAAUCCUUGAACCCCUGGACUCUGGAAACCCGUAGCAUGUACAAAAGACAGUAGUAUGCUAUGCUGCAUCCUCAAAGCAGGGCGGAAAAUCUUUGCCUUCCACGCAAAAUUAGAGAAAGGGGGUCCGGUUGCCGAGAUUUAGAUGAGAUGGGACCAUCUGUUGCUCUUGAAUAGCAACACGCAUGUCUGGCCUUUUCAUGUGGUGUCGCUAGGAGCUCUGUAUCUAGGCCGGUGAGAUAGGCCAUGUCAAAUAGUGUUGGUCGUCAACUUGGACCCUUUUGCCGAACUGCACCGCAGGGAAAUGUCCUUUUGCAGGUCAAAUGUUUCUUUUUAGACAAAGUGCUUGAUGUCUGAAAUAUUCCACACUCGAGAUACCGCACUUUGAUCUCUUUGGCACUAUCAAUUCGUACCUUUUCCCCUCCUUUCGAUGACUGCUGACUGAUCAGCAUGAGAAGGCUCUCACACGGUGUCACCUCAUAGGCCUAAAGGUGAAGUCGGAGAUCCGCUUGCUGCUUUUGGGAGCCCUGUCGCUGGCCCGGCAGGUCUGUCGCUGGCCAUUGUUUCUUCAGCAAGUGUUGCUUGGAGCCCUCCUCAGUGCUGGAAACUGCUGCAUCUGUGUUGGCAGUCCGGCGUUCAUCAAGCUCUAGCUGGGAAAUCUCCGUAGCGAAGGCAUUUUGGCAGCAAACCUCUAGUUAGCCUUG